AUGAAGUCACGAAUAGUUCUCACGUCAAUCUUCUGCGCGAGCCGCAUCCUCGCCGCACCCAUCCAGGCUCAUCAGUCCGGUGGCGUCGAACACAUAGUCAUAAUCGACAUGUCCCAUCCACAGCCACCACUAGUCCACGAAGUCCUGGAAAGACUGGCCCUAACCACCACCCACCCCGACAUCCGCCACAUCUACAACAACAGCGCCUUCCAAGGCUUCGCCGCCUCGAUGAAAUCCCACUGUCUGGACCUCCUAGCCAACAUGUCCGACGUCUCGCUCGUCGAAAAGGCCACCUCCAUCAGCCGAGCCGCACCCAUACCCAUCUCCGUAGGCCCCCGCCAGCAACCCUCCCUGACAUACCAGACCCGGCCCAACGCCCCCUGGGGUCUGCAACAAAUCUCCACCUCCACCUCCGUCGGCGGCAACAGCAACGCGAAAGCAAUGGAUUACACCUACUCCUUCGCGAACGGCAAUCUAGGCCAGGGAGCCGAUAUCUACAUCGUCGACACCGGGAUACUUACCCAACACUCCGUCUUCGGCGGCCGCGCGAAAAUGCUCUGGUCGUUCGAUGGCAAUAUGACUGAUUCUGAUGGUCACGGGACCCAUGUCGCUGGGACAGCUGGUGGAGCCGUGCUGGGCGUGGCCUCGAACGCCAAUAUUUUCGGAAUCAAAGCUUUAGACGCCGAUGGAGGGGGUUGGAGCUCGAACGUCAUUGCCGGGAUAGAUACGGUGAUCCAAACCCACGAUGCCCGCCGUAGACAAACACCCGAACCCAAUAACUCGAAUUCCUCCUCCUCCUCCUCCUCCUUCGUAGGAUCAGUAAUGUCCAUGUCCCUCGCCUCCAGCUCCCCGGUAAUCGCAAUCAACACCGCCAUCACCGCCGCCGUAGUAGCAGGAAUCCACGUCGUAGUCGCCGCCGGCAACGACGCCACCGACGCCUGUACAUCCUCCCCCGCCUCAGCGGGAGGAACUCAAGGUCCGGCGAUAGCAGUCGGAUCCAUCGGCAUCACGGCUCAAAGAUCCACGUUCUCGAAUUACGGCACCUGUGUGGAUAUCUACGCCCCAGGCGAGAACGUAAUCAGUGCGUGGCCGCCUCCUCAAGUGGGAGGGAGUCAGAGUGAGAGGCAGGCGGUGAAUUUCGUCAAUGCGCUUUCCGGGACGAGUAUGGCGACGCCGCAUGUUACGGGGAUUGUGGCUUAUGCUAUGGGGAAUGCGACGCUGGCCGGGGAUCCGGGGUUGAUGAAGGAGUGGGUGAGGAUGAUGGGGGUGCAGGUCAGGGGUGGGACAGGGAGUGGGAGUGGGAGUGGGAGUAGUGGUGGGGUCGUGGUGGCGAAUAAUGGGGUCAGGGCGGAUAGUGGGGAGGGGAUUUUGGGGUUCGAGAAGAUUGCUGCUGGGGGUGGGUUUCGGAUGGUGGGUGGAUAG